ACCACUCAUCGGGAUCGCGGCUGCGCAGCAGCACGAGGAAGAGCUCGUCGCGCUGACGUGUGGCACGCUCUCGAUGGACGUCGAGAGCAUCACCGUAGCAAAAGACCAGAGUUUUGGGUGCGUCAUGGGCGUGCUGAAGGCCGGUUGUUGUUCCCCCACUCCUUCUUUUCGUAGGAGUACGGAGGAUCAUUCACGAGCUGGUUCCGGCGCUGGUGCUAGUGCUGAGUCUCGGAGGGAGGGGACUCAUCGGAAUGAUGGUGGUGAUGACGAUGAUAGGGAAGAUGGAGGAGGAAGGGAUGGGGGCGGGGAGGAUGGUGGGGAUAGGAACAAGGAAGACAAACACGAGGUAGGCAGCGAGAGAAGAGGAAAAGGACCACCACGCGGGAGGAUUGAGAUGCCCUUUUGUGGGGUGUGGAGGUUUGAUGAGAUGGGGAGGGCCGUCGAGCACUGGGAGAAUGCCGCAUCCCCGGAGACGCUGGUGAAUUGGUUGCGGGGGAAGUAGAAGAAAUGAGCAGGAGUGAAUGUCAAGAAGCCGGCAAAAAGGAGGCGAGAGAGUCACCGGUGGUCAACAGCGCCAGUAGGUUCAAUCAGUCAUUGAUGCUAUCGGACGUUGGAAGACGUGAGAUACCUGUAUCAAUCCACUGGUCUGGGGAAGGCACCUAGAUGGACCGAAAAA